AAACACUAUACAUGUACCUCGGGCACAAAUUGGGUCAAUAUUCCUGUACUAUAAAAACAUAAUGAAUUGCGACAUCCAAGUAAAAUAAUCUUUUCUGUUCGUAUGCCGUCCUGCCAAAAUAUUUCGAAAUCGCUAGAAGCAGGAGUCGGAAUUUGGACUGUACGCGCAGACCUGACAGGAUCAGCUGUUUUCUCCUUAUCAAUGCACAGUGCAAAAAGAUCAAAAGACGAUUAUUGAUGUCUGAUUGACAUUGCAGUUUGAGUGCAGUGUUGAGACAAAGGGCCACGGAUACAGAAGUGCUGACACUGUAGGGGUGCAGAAUUUCCUGGGUUGCAACUUGGCCCAUACGUUAUCCCUGGCACACGUACUCUGACGAUAGGUUAAGUUCUAGAAUUGUGUUCCACCUGGAUACCACAACGGUCGUUCAUCUUGACGUUCAGUAAAUAAGACAUGCCCGAUUGCAUGCGUAGUACUGCUACAUGUUCUCUGGGCUCCUGAUAGCCCUCUUGCACCUUGAAUAUCCGACCCUGAUCUCUUCCUGACGACUGUCUCUAGACGAUGAGAAUGACAUUUAAACGUGGCUGCAUCACUGGCAUAUUAGCCAUGGCGGCAGUGAUGGGUGUCUACCUGACUUUCUUCAACCAUCCUCCAGCAGCCAUUACGCUAGAGGCCAACGCCCAUAACUCCGCUCAAAAGAUGCGACCACCCAAAUUCUCGGAUGACUUUGGACCUCCGAAGUCCAACCCCGCUGAUGGCUCCAGGCAAAUCCUCUCCCAAAAAGAUGACACAGCCAAGGAGAAAAUUCUGAGGGACCAGGGCACUCAACAUAAAGACGAGGUGCCGAGUAAAGCACCCUCCUUGGAAAAUGAUCUUCAUGAAAACAAUACGACAGAGUCGGUUUUCUUUAACUUAAUUAAUGACACUGAGGCUUUUGAUAAAAAUAAACAAGAGGAGAAACCUCAGAACAAACAAGAUCCUCAGAUAUCUGCCAAGAAAACUAAGACAUCUGAAAACUCUGGCGAAGUCAAAGAAGACGCCAAAGAUGAAGUCAAAGAAAUCGCCAAGACAGGAGAGGAGGGAGGUGCAGAUACAAAGCCAGGGGUAGAUGGUGGAUCAAAAGUCAUCUCGCAUUAUGACUAUCCCAGGUUCGAUUGGGAUAAGUGGGUGAAGGACAAUGAUCUCGUGGGUGUAGGAACCAUUUGGGGAUAUUGCGACGACCCUGAACCUCCCGAGAUCGGCAAGUUACUUUUGAUGAAAGACGAGGACAGAGGAGGGUUGAAGGUGGUCAUCGUUAUGAAUUCAACAUUCGAUGAGCAAGUUGAAUCUGGUCAGAUUUUCGCCAAUGUCAUGUACGGGGACAUGUCGUUCUACGACAAUACAAUGGACAUCUGUACGCUGUUUGACGACGACGAGCUUGAACCAGGAGAAGAACGAGAUAACUUCUUUGACUGUCCUAUGGCGGCAGGACCUAAGUACUACACAAAAGAGCUGCACAUUCCAUUUUUCGUUCCAAGUGGUCACUUCACAGCCAAAGCUAAGCUAGUCGACCAACUGCAACGGCCUGUCAUCUGUACCUCUGCCGAACUGAAGUUAUGAAAGGAGUUCAAGGAUUAGGCAUAAUAUUAUCUUUUCUUAGGAAAAUCCGUUAAUCAAGGAAUCAUGUAUAUGAAAACCCAUGCCAUAUAGAGUUUUCAAGAGACUAUGUCUUAAGUUUUACUCGACUUAUCAAUUUGUAUUGGAAGUUGGUCUAUCAAUUCAUGAAUAACAGACUACUGUGGAUUUCUCCACAGCAGAUGCAGUGAUGUUCCACUGGGAUGUGUAUGAGUAGACGUUUUGUGGAUUCAUUGUCAAUGAAUCAAAUUAGAAAGAUCUUAGAUGGCUACAAACAGUUUGCCUGUAUUCGUAUUAACCAACGCCAAUCACGCAAUGCUCAUUUAUCGUCUGAUAUUUUGACGGGAAGGGUGUGUUGAUUGGGUCUUGUGCACUAAACCGACAAACAAAAAGAGACGUUUCGGGAAGGUAACGCAGAGGGAUACAGAAAAAAAACCUAAAAUUUAAAUUGUAACCACUUCAUGAAAGAUAUUAUUUUGCUGCAGGUAGUCGUCCAGGAGUUGUUUAAGGAGAAACUGGACCAGUGCAUUCAUACAGCCUUGUGACUGAAUCUAACCAGCGGUCUAUGCCCUCUAAUGCUAGGUUCACACAUUCCAGAAUUAGUUGUAAAUACAACAAGAAUUGGUGAUUUGGUUCUCGAAUCACCCCGACAAUUUUGAACAUGUUCAAAUUUAUCGGGCCGCUUCCCGAUCUUUAACGAUCUUUCACCGAACAAACAGAAUCUUCCCGAGGCAGCCAAGAACCAUCCCCGAUCUACUCAAGAAUUGCUAUUCGUGGCGAUUCGGCUUAAAAAUCGUGAAUGUGUGAACCUAGCAUUACAUAUCGCCAUCAGUGCAAUACAGAAACAAACCUGGCUAUUAAAAUUGAGCUGUCAUUUGGCUUGCAAAAAGUGCGAACUUAACUAUGAAGUAAAUUGCGUAAUCGUUGCCAACUAUUUCACAACCAUGGCGCUGCAAGCAUGAAGAUAUAAACAUUUUAGCUGCGCUUGAACUGCUUGCGUAUGGUGUCUGUAGAAUGGACGACCAUUAUUGCACUGAGCAGAAAUCGUGAAAUUCUGAAUCCAGAACAGAGCAAUGAUAAUUGCAUUGUGACUCGCUUUUGCUAGCAUGACAAAUAUACAGGGAUACAAAAUUCCUAAAUUUCAAGCGCAUUAUCAUGUUGCCAAAAUCUCAGUAUUUUAAAAUAUUCUUUUCGUACUUAUUGCUUAAACUAUAUACUAAGCGCGUAAAUGUUUACUUCCGUUUACGUUUUGUUAAUUGUCUUUAGGGCCUAGUAGUUUAAACUUUUAUAACAAAAAAAACACAUAUCCUAGUUGCUCAACUCAUAUUAAAUACAGGUCGUAAAACCUCGCUAAAAACAAAAACGUCUGUGCAAAAUGUACAUAGAUUUUGUGGUAAUUCCCGUGUGAACGACUGCAAGGGCGGAUGCCGAACAAAAAAAAAUAUUUGGUCCCCCAAAAAGUGGGUCCCAAAAGUGACGGCGUGGGGUUCGGGGCCGACUCUUAAGGGCCCCGAAAAAAAUUGCAUUCUAGAUGCUCUGUGAUACGAUCUGAGGCUAUUUCUGACUACUUUAACCAAAUCCUUUGGAAGAAAAGAUGGUGGUGUACGCGUACGCAGUGCCUGCCUUUAUUGCGACGCCACUUAAAAAAAACCGUGUUUUUUUUGUUUUGCGGGAGGGGGUUAGGGGGUCAUGGCCCCCGUUGCCCCCCCCCCCUGGAUCCGCCCUUGAACGACACUGGUCUGUAGUACUGCUUAUGGCAUUGUGUACAGCUUUAUAACACUUUUUUUUACAAAGUUAAGUGAAUAAAAUAAAGCAUGUUUAUAAUGAAGAACUUUCUAUU